AUGGGCAUUGAGGAGGUCCAUGUCAACACCAACCUGCUGAGGCCAAUACAGCUCCAAGUGGACCCUGAGUUUCAGCGAGUGUGCUCAGAUGAGAAGGAGCAGAUCAAAGCUCUCAACAACAAAUUUGCAUCAUUCAUUGAGAAGGUUCAAUGUCUGGAGCGCCAGAAUCAGGCACUCUUGGCCAAGUGGGAACUUCUGCAGCAGCAAAGCUCUGGCCCCGAGGAGAGCAGGAACAUCAAUAACUUCUUCCAGUCCUAUGUCACCAACCUACAGCGGCAGCUCGAGACGCUCCAGAGCCAGAAGGAGCAGCUGGAUCCCGAAGCCUACAACAUGCUCCAGCUUGUUGAGGAUUAUAAAAACAGAUUCGAGGAUGAGAUCAACAAACGCACCUCCAAGGAGGAGGAGUUUGUGGAGCUUAAAAAGGAACUGGAUAGUGCCUACAUGGGAAAAAUGGAGUUUGAUGUUAGAGUGGAUAUCCUGAAGCAGGAGCUGGAGUUCCUCCGGUGUUUAUACGAAGCUGAGCUGUCCCAGCUGCAAACGGUUGUUGGGAACACUGAUGUUAUUCUGUCCAUGGACAACCACAGGGACCUGAACAUGGAUGGAAUCAUCGAGGAGGUCAGGCAGGAAUAUGAGGGGUUGGCCCACAGGAGCACAGCUGAAGUGGAUGCCAUGUACCGGGGCAGGUACCAGGACCUGCAGAACAUGUGGGUGAAUCAACGAGAGCAGCUGAGGAACAGUCACCAGGAAAUCCAGGAACUUGCCAGGCAGAUCCAAAGACUCCAACCAGAAAUAGAAAUUGCAAGGAAAAGGAAUUCCAGCCUCCAGGACUCCAUCAAAGAUGCUGAGCACCGUGGGAGUUCGGCCAUUAGGGACGGCCAGGAAAAGCUGCAGGAGCUGGAAAACGCUCUCCAACAAGCCAAGGAUGACCUUUCUCAGCUUGUCCACGAUUACCAGGAGCUCCUGAACGCGAAGCUGGGCCUGGACAUUGAGAUUGCCAUGUAUCGAUCACUCCUUGAGGAGGAGGAGAACAGAAUGUGCUCUGAUAGUACAACUCUGGUGGUGGUGGGUCGAUUUCUGGAGGAGGAAAAGGCUCAGGAUCUGGAGGAGGAGGAAGCUCUGGCAGUGGAGGCUCCAUCUGUGGAGGAGGAGGAAGCUCUGGUGGAGGAGGCUCCAUGUCCAAAGGCAGCAGCAGCUCUGGAGGGUGGGGGUCCAGCUCUGGUGGUGGUGGAUCGAUGUCUGGAGGUGGGAAAGGCUCAGGAUCUGGAGGGGGUGGAUCCAGUUCAGGUAGCGGAGGCUCCAUGUCCAAGGGCAGUGGUAGCUCUGGACGUAGAGGAUCCAGCUCUGGUGGAGGUGGCUCCAGUUGUGGAGGAGGGAAAGGAUCAGGAUAUGGGGGAGGUAUUUCAGGCAGUGGAGGCUCCAUGUCUGGAGGUGGCCAGAGCUCUGGUGGUUAUGGAUCCAGCUCUGGGAGAUGUAGCCCCCAAAGUGGGGGGAUGA